UUUUAGCACAUUUAUCUAAUCGGUGCUCCAAAGUUAAGCUUAACAUGCUUUAUUUCAAAGUGGACCGUUGAAACUAAGGAAUUAUUGAUUUUCUUAAUUUUCAGGGCUUGCUAUGGUGUCUUGAGAUUCAUCAUGGAGAGUGGGGCAAAGGGAUGUGAGGUCAUUGUGAGUGGAAAGCUCCGGGCUCAGCGUGCUAAGUCAAUGAAGUUCAAGGAUGGGUACAUGAUUUCAUCUGGUCAACCUGUCAAAGAAUAUAUUGACUCAGCUGUGAGGCAUGUUCUUCUUAGGCAGGGUGUUCUUGGUAUUAAGGUUAAGAUCAUGCUUGAUUGGGAUCCAAAGGGUAAGCAAGGCCCAACGACACCAUUGCCUGACCUAGUAACCAUCCACCCUCCUAAGGAAGAAGAGGAAUUCAUUCCACCAGCGCCGGCAACGAACAUUGAGAUCCAAGUAGAAUAAGAGCUCAGUUGUCGAUGUUGGUUUACAUCAAUGUAGUAGUACUACUACUACCGUAACAUUUUUUUCCUUUUUUUUUUUUCAGUCCAUCAGGGUAGAAAAAUAUUACAAGAGUGUCUUAAGUUGUGUUUUAACCAGUUGUUUUUUUUCUUCAAAUGGAGUAAAAUGUGGUAAUGGCUUUGGUGCUUUUCAUCAUCAAUCCCCAUUUUGGGGAAGAAAUCUGGGCUGUUCUAUACACGAGUUCUUGCAUUUUGGUUCCUAGAAGGUUUUGCCAUUUCUUUUCUAGAUUUGAAGCGGGUGAGCAGACUGUUUUUUGAGUUAUAGUUUGUAUUUGAAGAGCUUUAUUAGUUGGAUUUGAGCCACAUUUAAAUUAAACAAGUUGAAUUAAAUUGUUCUUUUGGGUAGAAA